GGGAAGGAGGCGUCUUGGCCCGGGCAGCAGUGGCGGCAGCGCCCGAGAGAGGGACUCAACAGUGUUUGUAAUGAAGAACAUCAGACUCUGAGCUGUAACCUGAAUUCUUGUCCAGAAUUCAGCACACUGGCAGCGAGCACACUGGCAGCGAGCACACGAAACAGAUUGCCACUUGGCCUGUCGGCGUCUUUGAGACAUACUUGCCCAUCUAGGAAGGCACAGUGCAGGUAUCUGUGUGUUCUGCCACUUGGGUGCCGCCCCGGACCAGCUCCCAGACGGGCCCGCCUGUCCUACUUGGGCCGCUUGUCUUCACUCCCUCAGGGCCUCUGAGCGUCCCUGAGCUCUCCGUGAUGGUUGGAAUGGUGAGCUUGUCGGCCACAGACUGUUACAUCGUGCACGAGAUCUACAAUGGGGAGAACGCCCAAGACCAGUUCGAGUAUGAGCUGGAGCAGGCGCUGGAAGCACAGUACAAGUACAUCGUGAUCGAGCCCACGCGCAUCGGCGACGAGACGGCCCGCUGGAUCACCGUGGGCAACUGCCUGCACAAGACCACCGUGCUGGCGGGCACUGCCUGCCUCUUCACCCCGCUGGCCCUGCCCUUGGAUUACUCCCACUACAUCUCACUGCCCGCCGGCGUGCUCAGCCUGGCCUGCUGCACCCUCUACGGCAUCUCCUGGCAGUUUGACCCCUGCUGCAAGUACCAGGUGGAGUACGACGCCUACAAACUGUCCCGCCUGCCCCUGCACACACUCACUUCCUCCACCCCAGUGGUGCUGGUCCGGAAGGACGACUUGCACAGAAAGAGACUGCACAACACGAUAGCACUGGCCGCCCUGGUGUACUGUGUAAAGAAGAUUUACGAACUCUACGCCGUAUGAUUGCAGUAGGACGGGGAGAGAAGCAAACGACCCAGCCCACGAGAGACGACCCGAGGAGUCAGAUGGCCACAGCAACAGUUUUUGCUCUGUGAGGCGGCGGAGCCUGGGAAGGGGUUUGGUUUAAUAGUUGUUAUUUAAAAAAAAAAAAAAAUAACACA